GUGGAGAGAAGGAGCCAGACAGUGAGGUAGCAGAGGGAGAGGAGAGAGAAAAAAGAGACGGUAGGGAUGUUUGUGACCGUGCGGUAGCUGUUGCUGCAGGUACUGUCAGAUCCGGAUACAGGUUUUUAUAGCCGCACCGGACCAGCGGCACACCGCCUCGGGGUCUGCCUCUCUCCUCUUCAUCCCUUCUAAACAACCCUCGGAAAUGUCUGGCGGAGGAGAGGUUCGCGUCCUACGCCAAGAGGCCGGGCAAGAGAGCCCGAGGAUGCCGGCCUGGAAGCGAGAGAUCCUGGAGAGGAGGAAAGCUAAGGGCGGGGGGUCUGGGGGAGCCGGUUCCGCUGAGACGAGCCCCGGCGGUGCGGGCCCGCAGCGAGUCAACGGCGACUGUGCGGGAAACGUUAACGGGAGCAGCGGCAGCGUACCCAAGAGUGACAGCGGAGCAAGCGGCGGGUCCGGGCGGAACUACACCAUCACCACGGCCAGCCAACAUUACUCGAACAACAAAGAGCCCCCUCGUCCAGCGGCCCCGGAGAGGACGUUUUCGAGGGAGGACGAGAGGCAAGAGAGUCUAGUGCUGCAGGAAAGCCUGGGCCCGCUGGAGGAGAACCCAUUCAUCAAGCUGGAGAAGGAGCGGAGGAGGCGGCAGGACCGAGACAGCGCCGCUCGUCCGGUGCAGCACAUCCUGGAGCUGUACGGCAGCGUACCCGGCAUACGGACUAUCCGCGCAGAGAAUAUCAUCAUCAUUGAGUCAGACCCGGAUUACUUUCCGGAAGCUGGAGGGUUAAAAAGUGGGUCUCAAUGGCAGCAAAACGGUGUCAGUAGUUAUAGCUCUUUGAACGACCUCCUGGACCGGAGAGGGAGUGCUGUUACCGAGAUAAGAGCCAAGGAAGUGGUUAUUUAUGACACCACGUUAAGCAAGAGCGAGGAGAACCUGAGCACCCUGGGCCGCCCUGAUCAUGAGGUCUCCUCAUACGAGACGGGUCAGGGCCAAGGCAGGGUCAGCCGGAUGCUGCAGAAGUUCGACAGCAACUACGGAAAACUGCAGAAGAAGUCCCACAGCACAGAGAACCUGCUCGACCUGGAUUGUGGUUCCAGCAGCAGGCCAAGACUCUGGUCCAAGCAACAGCCAGAUCUGGUGCCAAAGCCCAGGCCCGGCCCAUUGGUCAGCAGCUCGGGCAGCAGCCAGCCAUCGUCACCUGUCUUCCAGGGUUCCUGGUCUUCCAAACCAAAGCCACAGACUGCCGUCCCCGACCUGGGCAGCCCUAAGCGCUCUGCUGCGCCCCCCCAGUCUGUGUCUUCAUUCAGGCAGCGGUUUGAGGAGAGCGGAGGUCGUGGAACAGCUGUCACCUCGAGAGAUGAACCAGACAGGGGGCAAACAAAGCCCACCAGGGAGAGAGACUGUGAGGGUGCAGACGUGCCACCCAAACCCAAGGUGCCAUGCUCUCCGGAGACCCUUCUCGCUCGUGCCGUGUCCCCCUCAAGCCCCCUCUCUAAGGCGUCACGCUCCCCGCCUGACUUUGAGAUCCGUCCAUCAUCAAAGCCAGACCUCUCCAAAAUUCCCGAUGGGGACCUGCAGGCACGGGCCCUCGCAAACCUGCGUCUGCAGUCCAGAAACUCCUUCCAAGUGGUCCCCAAGCGGCGUCCCAGCCCAACACCGACGAGCCCUGUCAGGUCCUCCCCCUCCCACAGAGGGACGGUGAUGCCCACGCCAGGAGUGCCAAACUCCCAUGCCCCCAUGCCCACCUUGACCCCCUCAAAGAGGAAUGAGGAGAAAGAGGUGGAGAGGCCACCCAAGCCAGAACCAGAACCAUCUCCCUCUGUUGCCACAAGUUCUGUGCCUCCUCCAGCCACAGAACCAUUGUCUCCACCUCCCGUUCUAAGCCCAGUUCCCUCCUCUCCACCAGCUCCGUCUUCACCCCCGUUGUCUCCCUCCUUCUCCCCAGCUCCCUCAGACUCUCCUGCCCCGUCUCCUGUUCCUGCUGCCCCGUCCCUCGUGGUUCCCGAACAGCUUCCUGUGGAUCAGCUGCCAGUAACAAACAUAGAUGACAUUGAUGUGGAGCCCCCGCAGCGAGUCCCUGUCCCCAGCCCCUUGGUGCACAGGAAAAAGGGCAACACCUUCACUGUGGUACCUAAACGCAGGCCGGAGCCCGAGGCUCAGCCAAGCUCCCCUGAGCCCCAGCAGGAAGCCUCCACUGAGGGUCCACCGGGGUCCACGCCUCCACAGGCCCCCUACUCUCAGCUGGGGUCCCUGCUGAAAAAACGCUACCCUGCUGUGGAGGACAUCGAGGUGGUCGGUGGGUACCUUUCCCUCGAGAAGUCCUGCCUCUCCAAGACCGGCUCCACAGGGAAGAAGCUAAAGAUCUCCUUCAACGAGUCCAGCCUGAAGAGUACGUACGAAUAUCCGUCAGAGACCAGUUGGGACAGCGGAGAGGAGGACGAGGGAGAGAGACAAGACGGGAAGGUGGCGGAUGAACAGCCAAGCAUGGUGGGACGCAUACACAUCCCUCGACCCAGUUUCGCCAACUCGCCAACACACCUGAAUAACAGCAACGACCUUGCCAGCUACGUCCCCAAGCACUCGGUGGACUUUAACACGUGGCAGGAGCAGAAACAUGAAGAGAGUGUUUACCAGGAAGAAAACACCGCUCAACAGACGGAGAUAACAGAGGAGGUUAUGCUCACACCGGCAGACAGCUCCUCCCUGUCCGACUACAGCAGCGAGCCUGCGCUUUACUUCUGAUUUACUUCUUAUCAGUCGAACCAAUCAGCUGUACAGUAGCAUCUCACCUGUGGGACCAGACUGCAGACAGAGCCCGGCGAGGUCUAUGACACCUUGGGCCUGAACUGCCUUCAGCUCUACACUCCAGCCGUCACUAAGCACACCAUCCUGAUCAGACAGGACAUACAAAGUGGUUUUUUUCUUCUUUUUUUUUCUGGCUGAUUCCCUGCCACGGUACCACUGCACGCCACAUUAUCAACUGCAUAUCAGUACAGAGCAGCUUUUUGUCAGGUGGCCUGUGUUUGAAUCCCACUUUGUUCCUGAUCUGUUUCCAAAAACAGCUGGACUGUCUUUCCCCUGAAAUCCUGGACAGUUGAUCUGUCAGCCCCCCCUUCUCUUCCUCAUCCUCACGCACCAAAAUAUCUGGCAGAAAAAUUGAAGCGAUUUAUCAAAAUCCAUGGGAGACGACUGUUUUCCUCUCCACACUCUGGAAGAAGUGCGUCCACGUCUUCAAAAUGUAAGUCACUCGUUGUAGGAUGCUGACGUGUAAAGGAGGAGCAGAGGAACAGAAAGCCGACAGUGCCCACGUAUGCUUAAUGCCACGGUGACAGAGCUCAGUGUUAUCAUGGAGACGUCUCCAAAGACAGAGGAUGUUGAGGAGGUAUCCGCCUGUGUAGAUCGCUGGCAGACUGAGACACAAAAACAAAAAGAAAUGGUUAAAGGGUGCCACAAUUGUAGUUUUUGUCUUUUGUUGUUUUUGUAUCUGCAUGUUUGUUUCUCUUACUGUAAAGCUUCUGUAUGCCUUUUUAGUUUUUUGUAUGUUUUCUGGCAAAUGAUGCUGUAUUGAAGCUGCUGGACGUUUUUGUAGGAGAGUCUUGUUGGCAAGCAAACUUCAACAAUCCCCCCUUUCCCCCCUUAUCUGUGACAGGGGGGGCCGUAAAUAUGCAGCCCAGGGAAGAUGACCUAUCAAUCAGCUGGAGCUCUGAUUUUUGAUUGAAAAGCUUGAAAAAAGUGACCUUGGCCAGAAAUGUCUGUAUGUCCGUAUUGCUGUUGAAAAACAAAAACAUCAUACUGUAGAAUGUUUCUGUAUAAUCUCUAUCAAGAUAUCUGUGUCACGUCAUGUUUAUCACAUCAGCUGUAUGUAAGAAGUGGACGUAACAAGCAUGGCAUUACCCAUUGGUUUAUAAACUACAACUUUGAAGUCUUGAGUUUGACACUUGGGUUGUCCAUGUAGUUUUUUCUUUAGGUCAGAAGUGACCACAUUUGAUCAAGAGACUGGAGCUUAUACAGCAUCUGCUCAAGGUGGACACUCGAGGAACUGCAGGGGUUUUUUUGCACUUCAGUAUCGGCUCACUGGCUGUUGCUGCUUGGCAUUCACCUGUCGCUCCACAUCACCACGUCCCUCAUUUUCUAUAAUUAUAUACCUAAACAUAAUUAACAGGGUCAGUUUUAUAAAGAUUGUCAUGGAUGGAGAAAUAAGCUUCAGUGGAAAAAACAAUUUUUAUACCAUGCUGUAAACAUGUUUUUAUCUGUUGUAAAGUCGGGCAUUUUGACAUUGGGCUGUUUGCAGAUAGGCUCAACCUUUAAACCAGCCUUGUGUGGCCAUUCAAGGAACUGCAUGAGUUUCCUUUUUCAGCCCCGUAGUUCGCUGCUUGAUUGCUACGCCUCUAUCCCUGCCACUAGAUUGACAUAGUAGCAACUUGUCAGUCUCAGGUGAUAAAUCAAAGGAGAAAUAGAAUUUGACUUCUAUUUGAAACAAGUGGAGCUGCCCCCUGCUGGCCAUUAGAGAACAUUCAAGGCUUAGGUCCUCCCCAUUAGCACCCUCUUCUGAACCGAAAAGGCUACAUCCACUUCUUCUAUACAGUUUAUGGAUUUAUCAAAAGCUGUUAAACCUUUUAUUUUCUGGCUUCUCGUGUAUUUAUUCCUGCUUACAGUUGAAGUUUGCAUGUCUGAGACCUGCUCUUGUACAUAAGACAUUUUUGUAAAAACAGAUGUGCUGGUGUGGAAAGGAACCAGACUGGUGCAAACAACCCUGACAGACUGUUUUUUUUUUCCAAGUUGUUUAUUUUCCAGUCGGACCUCUUGUACUCUCACAUUCCACAGAGAAAGAAGACCGUCCAUUGAAGUAUGAAGACAAACACAAAGUAUGAUCACUCAUGAUUUAGCGUGUUUUGUGAGAACGCAAGCAAAACUAGUGUGUGAAAGAAAAUGUAAUUUUUUUUUAUUAUUAUUAUUAAGAUUAUUUUAUAUACAAGAAUGCAUCAAGUUUCAAGAUGAUUUUUUUAACACUCAUAAUGCCAACGGAUUAAAGUGUUGCUGUAACAGCCUCACAUUCAUAUUUACACGCCCAGGAUCGACCCCUUCGACCAGUAUUGUUGUACAGUUUCCACCAUUUUUCACACGAUGUAUGUUAUUUCGUUCAUUUUCUCCAAUCAGAUGAAACACUCGGUUGCUGUUAAGACUGUUCUGUCUUUGUCGGAUGAAUCUGUUUAGUUUUUGUCUGGAGUCUUUGAUGUUAAACGUGUUUGCACUGUCAUGCUUUUAGCUGUGUUUUGCACCUCAUGACAAGGAACAGAGGAGACUGAUGAAGUGUGCACUUAAAAGAAAGAAGUCUGGUUGAAGAGUUUUGAUUCGAGACGGUAACCACUAUUGACCCCUGCUUUUUUGUAUAAAACCACUGAUUGUAUGUCAGAUACAGGAGAUGAGUAAGACUUUGAAGAAAUGCCAGAAAAAACAUUUUUUUUAAUAAUAAAUGAAUGAGUCACGUUCUCGAAAAGAACUCUUCAAACUUACAUGAUGAAUGCACUGCCAAUGAAUGCCAUGUCCAAUUUUUUUACUGUUUUCCGCAGCCUUGCAUCAAAAGUCUUAAGAUUGUCGGCCUUUGACCACAAACUGUCGCUUAAAUGUAGUUCUCCACACAGGUUUGUCUUUUUACCGAGGGAAGCCAAAUCUGUUCUGGUGUUGUUUUUGGCCAGUUGACUUGAUGUACAAUAUGUUCAAAAGGACCAUACCAGUGAUUCUCUAUGUGUAAGCUCAAAAAGUACUAACAACUGAAUUACUGCCAACCAUUCUGCAAACCGUACCACUGUGGUGUACAAGUUUGAAUGUGCUUUUCUAACCAUUCCUGAUCUCUGUUCAGCUCCAUGUUAUUUGUUAUGGCAUGAAAAUCAAGCAGCAAACUUUGAAUGAGACAUCCCAGGAACACGAGGAAACGUUGAAUUAUAAUGCUGUUCAGUUCAAAACAUUUUUUUUCUUUAACAAUUUGUUGAAUUUCUCAAGUUAUGUUUGAUUACAGUUAAUUGUUUUUACUUUUAUUGGAUAGGACAGCUGAAGAGAGAGGAAAUGUUGAGAGGAAAGAGUAGGGGAUGACAUACAGCAAAAGACGGAUACGAACCCACAUCCGCUGCAAUUAGGACUGUAGCCUGUGUACAUGUGAUGAGCUACAUAACCACUAAGCUAUCUGCGCUCCCCUCAAGCUAUAUGUUAACCACAAGCAGCAAAACAAGUAAUGUAAUGUUUACAAACUGGCAUAACCUGGGUUUUAUUUGCAAAGUUAUCAAACUGAAAAUACCACUCUGCAAGUCUUUGUAUUCUGAACUUGGGGUCAAGUACUGAAAAAAGGGGUUCGCUGAUAGGGGGAUUUUGUAAGUGAUACUGAUUUUAGAGGAGAAGGAUUCACCCAUCACCAAUACAGAGAGAAAAUGUGUUGUAGUUGGAUAAAAUGUUAUCUUUCUGAAUGGACUGUGCCGCAAUUUUGAAACAAAUAAGAGAAUGUACCGCAAUUCUACUUUUUUAAGACGCCUAAAACUUUCAUCUGAAAUAUUGAAAAAUGUAUACAGAUACAUAUGUCAGAGCCCCAUAUCAGCCUGAUACUGCCAUUAUCAAUGGACCAGGUAGGCCCAACUGAAGUAUGAACUGUAAUCCACUUUUCCAAUUGAUCUGCACAUAACUUAACAUCCUAUUGUAGGGUCAAUUCAAAGCAUUGUCACACCAUUAGGAGAUACAAAUGGCUGCUUCCACAUGGCUUUUAGCUAAGGCGCUCAAACUCUCCAUACACACUGGUAUGGUUCUUUAGGUUUAAUCUGGACCUGCUGUGGAGCCGUGGUGGCUUUCAGCUUAUUACAGUGGAUCCAUUUGCGGUAACAGAUGCCUUCAAUGACCAAAACACCAAAGAGGUCUUCUCUUUGUGGGGAUCUGUAACUCUCUGUAAAACUGAAUGACACCGUUUGCAACUCUUCUGAUGGCCAUUACCGGGACAUAGGGACGUAGAAACAAACCACUUGACUUCUGAAGUGUACACAUGGCCUCUUAAUGCAGUGUGUUAUUCCAAUCUGUCGACUCCUGUUGCAAAGUGAGCAGUUUGUAUUGGUCACGCUGUAGCAACUCUGUGCACAAAAGCUCCAUCUUCUUCCCCCUUUACUUUCCCCUCGUCUGUAAAUGUAUACAUCUCAGCAAAUGUGCUUACUGUAAAGUUAUUGUCAAAGAUUCGGGUAAAGAAAAAAAAAAAAGUGAUGUCAUACUUGUACAAAUGAAAGCUCAAUAAAUAGAAGACUUGAACAAAUGUAAA